CGUCAAGACGAGAGAUAACACAACACAAUGCUCCGUAUCUUCCGCAAUGCCAUACUGGACAAACGCAUCACCCGCAAGACGUUCUCCUUCUCGGCCAUUGCAGCCAAGCGCUACGUCAUAAAAGAUCACUACGAAUUCGAUCAGAAGGUAAUAAACAGUGACAACCCGGUGAUUGUAAACUUUCAUGCGGAAUGGUGCGAUCCCUGCAAAAUACUUACCCCGAAGAUGACCGAACUGCUUGAACCAUCCGAUGAGAUCGAUCUGGCUAUCGUGGACGUGGACGAUAAUGCGGAGCUGGUCCAUACGUUCGAGGUGAAAGCGGUCCCAGCCAUUCUUGCCUUCCGGAACGGUGUGGUGGUAGACAAAUUUAUCGGUCUCGUCGAUGCGAACAUGAUCGAGAAUUUGAUUGGCAAAUUGACGAAAAAAAAGGCCACCUAAGCUCCAAAU